UUACAGAUCAUUUCUCUCUUUUAAUACUUUUAUUAUUUUUAUUAUUUUCUAUUCGUUAACGAAGUAUGAAGCUCUCGAAGAUGGUUACGAGAAGUUUCAGGGUUUUCUUCUUUGCGCUACUCAUCGCCGCCUCUCCUCUUUUCCAAGUCGCUAGGGGUCAAUCAGAAGCAGAGGCAGAUGUUGCAGAAGUUGUUGAAGGAGGGGAUCUCGGUAUUGUUGGUGAGGAUGUUCCAGAUAUUGGUGGUGAGAGUUUUGGCCCAGCUCUGGGAGUGGAAACUGUAUACCUUUUCCCCCAAAAUAGUGCGAAAUUGGUUGUUGCUGGAGAAGAGACUGAACUUUUAGUUGGGAUGGAAUAUGUUGGCGGGUCAUCUUUAAAUAUCAUUGCAAUUCAAGCCAGUGUUCAUCUCCCUUAUGAUCAUCGAAUGCUUGUUCAAAAUCUUACAGCUCAGACCUUCAACAAUGCGACUGUAUCCUCUUCGGUGCAAGCUACUUUCGCGUACAUGUUUGCUGUUAGCAAGUACUUACAGCCUGGAACUUUUGAUCUUGUGGGUACGAUAGUCUAUGAAAUUGACCAGUAUCCCUACCAUCCCUACCAAAAUACAUUCUACAAUGGUACCAUUGAAGUUGUUGAGGCUGGUGGAUUUGUCAGUGUUGAGUCUGUCUUUCUUGUUACCCUUGGGAUUGCACUUCUUGUUCUUCUUGGUUUAUGGCUUCAUGGUCAAUUUCAGCGUAUCACCAAGAAAACUAAGAAGGUUGCUCCAAAGGUGGAAGUCGGGACUAGGACUGCUGAUGCCUCGAUGGAUGAAUGGCUUCAGGGAACUGCUUACACCCAGUCAGCUUCCAAAUCAAAGAAAAAGAAGUAGAUCUGCGAUGCUUAUGAAGUCAAAGUGAGGGCGUAAGUAGUUUGAGAAUUAGGCCAGGAGAAAGGGCAUAGCUUGCAGUUGUAGCAUGUAAAAAAUUCUUCCCUUUACCAUUUUCAUUUUACCACAUCUUUUAUUUUCAUGAGGAUGUUGAAAUCAAGCCUUUUUGAAAGUCGGGAGAUCUGAUUUUAUCCA